UGAGGAGUCGGCAACACUGACAUUGCGAGAUCUUCUAACUUCUCCGUUUCCGUAUUUCCAAACGUGUUCUAUCCUCAAGAAGGGCAAAAAUAUAUUAUUUCCGGCCAUCCUUUUGAUUUUUUUUGUCACAUUUUCUAAGAAAUAACUUUUUCUCUCGCUGCCUGUGUGGUGCUGUUUGUGCUGUUGUCGGAAUGGCGGUGGUCAUCCAUUUACAGGGGCUCAGAAUCACUGCAGGUUCUGAGGAUGUUCGCAAUUUCUUCACUGGCCUCAAAAUCCCAGAUGGUGGGGUGCACAUUAUUGGUGGGGAGCGUGAGGAGGCUUUCAUAAUCUUUGCUUCCGAUGAAGACGCGAGGCGGGCGAUGACCCGUUCGGAGGGAUCCAUCAAAGGUUUUCCGGUUCACUUACGGCUGAGCAGCAAGUCAGAAAUGCAGGCCGUUCUCAAGCAAAGUAUAAAACCCGAGGUGACCAAAAAGAGGCCGUAUAAGGAAGGUUUCAGAAGACCGGAAAGAGAAGGCAGGAAUGAGGAACCUGGAAGAAAAGAGCUUGUAAAGAUGGGCAGUAGAUCAGGGUCUUACAGUAAUGUACGUAGUCAGGCCCGAAAGCCUUCCUCACAGCCCAUCAGUCAAGAUGACUUGUAUUUGCUUAUGCAAGGCAUGCCUUUUACUACGAACGAAGACGACGUGAAAGAAUUCUUUAGCGGAUUAGAGGUGGAGGACAUUAUUAUAAUGAGAAAUGACGACGGCCAACCAAAUGUGAAAGGAAUUGUCAAGUUCAAAUCCAGACGGGAUGCUAGAGAGGGUCUGAAAAGAAAUCGGCAUUACAUUGGAACUAGGUUUGUGGAACUCGAUGCAUGCUCAGAAGAGCAGUAUUUUAAGGCAGAUGUUGGUAGGGAACAGAUGUUGGCAUGGAACAGCAGUGGUACGUUUAGAAGAGGGCCUUCCUCAGCUCCCACUGAGAGGUCUCCUCCAGACCGUGCUAGGUCUUUCUCACCAGUGGCCUACAGGUCUAAGUCCCCUUCUCCUUCCAAUGAUGAGUUCUGUGUCUUGGUGGAAAACCUUCCCUACUUAGUGGAGAAGAGGGACAUAAAGGAGAUCUUCAUUCAUGCAGACCUCAAGUAUGAUCAGAUCCUUCACCUUCUUGACAAGUAUGGGUCAGAGACAAGGUCCGCAUUUGUGCUGUUCAACAACCUGAGGGACUACGGUGCUGCCUUGACUCUUCACAAGAAGAAAUUUCUCAAACGAUGUGUGUACAUCUCUCCUAUCUCGAAAGAGAAAAUGGUCACCAUGCUAGAAUCUGGGGGGAAUACAAUGGAGGGCACACCACCCUCUGAAAGGUCUUGCAGCCGAUCUCAGGAAAGGCCUCCAAGAGAGACCGAGAAGGAUGUGUAUGAAUCUGAGAAGAUUUGCCUGUAUGUGCGAAACCUACCUUUCGACGUGCGCAAAGUUGAGAUUGUGGACUUCUUCCUAGGCUUCAGAAUCUCAGAGGAGGCUGUUGUUUUGCUGCUUGACCAUAAGGGCAAUGGGCUUGGAGAGGCUUUGGUGAUCUUUCAGACUGAGGAGGAGGCUAUGAGGGCACAGUCUCUGAAUGGGCAAGGGUUUCUUGGAACAAAUCUCAUCCUGAAAUGCAUUUCUCUGGCUCAGAUGCGUGAAUUUGGUGUUGGUGAACCUGCAGUGAAAGAGCAAAAGAUAGAGAGAAGCUCAGAGAGGUACCUGGCCAGGAACAGUGAGGCGAUGUCCCAUCUGUACACUGAUUACAGGGUAAACCCUGAUAUAGGCCAUCUUCCUAUGAACGACCUGCAGGUUCAUAUUCAUGGAGGCAGCAGUCUGGGUCUCGAUUCUCAAAUGAUGGAAAGCCCUGUUCUGCUUGACAACCGGGGCAAUGGCUCUGCUCAUAGACAUGGAGGCUAUGGACCUUCUGCACCGCAGCAGUUUGAUGGUCCAACAUGCCUGAAACUGGUUAAUCUGCCUUCGACUAUCAGAAUUGACGAAAUCUAUGACUUUUGCUAUGGAUAUCGUGUAAUUCCUGGAUCGGUCUCAUUGCAGUAUGACAACAAAGGGAUUCCCAAAGGCUCAGCAACGGUUGUUUUUGGAUCUCGCUUGGAGGCGUUAACGGCAGUUGAGGAAUUGAGUGGAAGACCAAUAGGCAGCAGAAAAGUAAAACUAGUGUUUGUGUGAAAUCCGUAUAGAACAGGAAAGAACCUUUUUGGGCUUUAAAAUGUGAUGUUUUAGGAAGAACAACUCACAGUAUUUGGUUAGUCUGAUGGAUUCCAACAAUGGCGACUGAACAAUUGCAUAUUUAAAAAAUACUGUGUGUAUGUGUAUAUAGCCUUCUACUCAAUGUGUAACGGACAAACCUUUUGUCCAUAGUUUCCCCCCCCCCUUAAAGAAUAACAAAAUGAUUUCUUUGUAUUUUGCCCAUCGCUUGCUUGUCAUGUAGCCUGUUUCUGAAGCUUUUUCUUUUUAGUGAAAUUUGCCUGAAAUUGUAUUUUCUUUAACAGCUGGGUGAAGGUAGAACUUAAUUUUGCUACUAUUUGUUUAAAUGUUUAUUGCAUUCUGUAGUGUAAAAGUUGUCCAUUUAAACUUAGUGGAAAUUCUUUGACUAAAAUUCAUAAUGUUCUCCUGUUGUCGUCUUCCAAGAUUGUCUAAGAUAUUGUGUUGUAUGAUAAAUACUGCAUUGCCCAUGGUC